CCGGUUGUAAACAACAUUGCGAAAUCGGCUUGCGAAAGCCUUACAACAUUUUAUUUCUCAAAAUUUUGCAGGAUGGGUAACAUACACACAGUUGGACCUAACAAGGCACUCGUAAUUUCUGGUGGUUGUUGUGGAGGACAAGGUAGAAAAUAUAUUAUAGGAGGAUGGGGUUGGGCAUGGUGGUUAGUUACAGACACACAGUCCAUUUCAUUAGAAGUAAUGACCUUGAACCCAGUGUCAGAACACGUAGAAACAUCAGAGGGUGUACCAGUUACAGUGACAGGGGUCUGUCAAGUUAAAAUCAUGAGAGAACCUGAUAUACUCAAAACUGCUUGUGAACAGUUUCUGGGUAAAAGUCCACAUCACAUUGAAGCUGUCAUAUUACAGACAUUAGAAGGUCAUCUUCGAGCUAUUUUAGGUACAUUAAGUGUAGAAGCUAUUUAUCAAGAUCGAGAUCAAUUUGCCCAGUUAGUCAGAGAAGUAGCUUCUCCUGAUGUUGGUAAAAUGGGUAUAGAAAUUCUCAGUUUCACUAUUAAAGAUAUCUUUGAUGAUGUAGAAUAUUUGUCAUCAUUGGGUCGAGCACAGACAGCUAAUGUGAAACGUGAUGCUGAUAUUGGUGUAGCUGAAGCCAACAGAGAUGCUGGAAUCAGGGAAGCUGAAUGUGAGAAGAGUCGAUUGGAUACUAAAUAUGAAGCUGAUACAAGAGUUGCUGAUGCUGCUAGAGCUUUCCAGAUGCAGAAAGCCUCUUUUGAUACAGAAGUUAACACAAAGAAAGCUGAAGCUGAAUUGGCCUAUGAGCUUCAAGCAGCUAAGGAAAGGCAAAGAAUUCGAGCUGAGGAAAUAGAAAUUGAAGUCGUGGAAAGAAGAAAACAAAUUGAUGUUGAAGAAAAGGAAAUUUUAAGAAAAGAAAAAGAGCUGAUUGCUAUAGUUAAAAGACCUGCCGAAGCACAAGCUUAUAAAAUGGGAAUGAUCGCUGAAGGUCAAAGAACGCAGGUUAUUGAAUCAGCUCGAGCUGAAGCUGAAAAAACAAGAUUGAUUGGUGCAGCUGAAGCUGCUGCUAUUGAAGCUGUUGGUAAAGCUGAAGCUGAGAGAAUGAGAUUGAAAGCAGCUGCUUACAAACAAUAUGGCGAAGCUGCUAUGUUACAACAAGUCUUAGAAACCUUACCCAAGGUGGCAGCUGAAGUAGCUGCACCAUUAGCUAAGACAAAUGAGAUAGUAUUAGUAGGUGAUGAUAGAACUACAUCAGAAGUUAAUAAACUAGUUAGUCAACUACCACCAGCAGUACAAGCUUUAACUGGUGUCGAUUUAUCUAAGGUUUUGACCAAAAUUCCCGGAGCUCAAUAAAGAAAACCAUUAAGAUCUAACGUGUUCAUGAUAUUAUAGUAGUAUUUUAAACAACAUUGCAUGAUUGUUUUUAUCAAUAUUUGUUCUUCAUUCAUCAUUUUAGUCAUUUUUUUAAACUAUUUUAGUUAUGAAUAGAAUUGAGGUUUUGCUCUUUGGAAAGAAACCAAUUCAGAUUUUCACUUGUACAGAUAUUGUUGUACAAGUAUAUUUGUCUUAGUAGUAUUUUUAUAUUGCUCAAAAGCACAUAAAAUUUUGAUAAUUUUCAUGAAAAUUUGAAAUCAAUUUGAUGAGUAAUUUUGAAAAUUUGAAAUCAAGAUUGAUAACUUUCAUGAAAAUUUGAAAUCAAGAUUGAUAACUUUCAUGAAAAUUUGAAAUCAAGAUUGAUAACUUUCAUGAAAAUUUGAAAUCAAAUUGAUGACUUUCAUGAAAAUCAAUUUUUCCUUUAAUCCUAUGAAUUAGCUUUAAACUGGUAAUUGUUAGGAAGACAUUCCUGAAAGUAAUCUAAUUUUCUGUUUGACCAAUCAUACGGCUGGAACAGACCACAUAUUUUCACAGAAGGUUGCUUUUUUCAAGAAUACAAGAAUUUCAUAUUUAGGAAACAAUAUUUGCAUGCGUUACUCAAUGAUGGAACAAAUUGACAUCCACCACAUCAAUGGUUUGUACUAACAUUAGCUGGCAUUGAAAUCCAAUAUUUGACAUCAUUGACAUCUCGCUCCUCACUUGAAAUAUCAAAUAUGCUGUAAAUAUAUGCUUGUAAUUUAAGAUGUCAAAUGUCAAGAAUUUCAAUGAGCAAAGAAAGGAUAAGAAAACAGAAUUGAUUAUGUUUUGAAAUAAUUAAACCUGAAAUAUUUUCCAUUGUUUUAUAAUGUAGCAUGCAUUAAUGUCAUUAACCAUAUAGUGCAGUUUUAUUGAUUUGUAUUCUUUAAGAGAUAAUAUUAUUAAUGUACCUUGAACUUGUAUUUCCAUAUGUCACAUAACACUCCCAUUAAACUUGAUAAACCCAAUAUCAGGUUUAUUAUGUAGUAUUCGAUACCUUUAGGACAUUGGAAGUUUUCUUAAUUCCCAUUUUCCAUGAGGUAACGAAUACAUUAUUACUAUGUUAUUUUUUACUUAGAAGUAUAUGCAUUGUAUACAUAUAUGUUUUACCAGCUGAUUGAGCUGAGGAUGAAAAAAAAGGCAAAAAAAUAAACUUUUGCAUACAGACCAUAUUGGUCAGGAGUUUUGAUUGACUUUUUUUUUACCAGUCAGACAUUUUCAUCGAUGAAAAGGUUAUUGUCUUGCCACACCUUGGUUCGUGGCUUUGUAUCCCAUUUGUACAAUGUCAUCAAAGUUUGGAUUUCGACUGACAUUGAAUGACACCUGAUGUACAAACCUUACUAUGUGAUUUCUGGAUGCAUAAACAGACAUGUCUGGCAAAUAGAGUCUUAUCGACAGCCCUGAUCAGUAUGUUUUUAUUGAAUUUUAGGUAAACUUUUUUACCAGCUAUCAACACAAGUACUUAUACUUGAUCUCUUAAGCCUGUAUCUGAUUGAAACACUGUAUUAUUUCUAUAUCAUAUACAUGUAUAUCUGUAAAUGUUUACCAUACCUCUUCAAGGUCAGUACAAUGUUAAUGACCAGAUUAACCUGGCCAUGUUUGUCAGAAGUCACUAAUAAGAUGAGACUAGAUUAACAAUGGAACUCUUCAAUACUGAAGGAAGGAAUGCCAUCAAAGUAUUGUUAUAGCAGAGUUCAUAAGAGGGAUAACUGGCAAAAUCUCUGAGCAACUUUCAACAAAUUCUGUCAACUAGUUUCAUCCUGGAGAAUCAAAUCAAUCACUACAUUUAGUACCCCCUUAAAUCAGAAAUUUAUAUGGUAGACCCAAACUGGUUAAAAAAAUAGACUUUGAAAAACACCUUGUACUUUUUAUUAGUUUUAAUUCCAUCUGAUCAAAAUUAGACCAAACAUUUGUUCUGUUUUUCUGUUAUGAUCUAACAACAGCCCUCUAAAAUAUUCUUUAAAUUAACCUUUUGACCAAACCUAAUGACACCACUUCACAAUUGUUAAGAGGUUUUCUAACUUUUUAAUGUGUAUUGUGGACACUUAUAGCAUCAAUUUGCAUCUCUGUGGUUCCUGCAAUUCCAUUAAAACUUUAUGUUUGAAGACAUCAGUAAUUGCGAAAGCAUAUUUCACUGUGAAACACUUAUAUUGCAGGAACCACAGACGUAUGAUUGAAAAUAGGAAUAUUGCAAAUUGAUGCUAUCAGUGUCCCCGAUACACAUAGAUAUUUUAGAAAACCUAUUGGACUUCUGUAGCCAGAAGUAUCAUAUAGUGAGAUUAUAACAGAAAUUGUCUCAUUUUGGCUUCAAGUUAAAAUUUCUCAGUAGUUUUAACAGUAUUUGACACAUUGGCAAUUGGCAUUAUUCCAAUUUUCAUUCAGAUGUCUGUGGUUCCUGCAAUUCCACAUAAACUAAACUGAUGAGGUCACUAAUUGAGAAAAGCAUAAACAAUUAGAAAAGCUAUUUAUAAUCCUUUUAAUGAGGAUGGUCUUAGUUUUAAUAACUAAUGCAUUUUACUCAUAUGUUAUCAUAUAAUAACCCCUUGUAUUCUUGUUGUAUAUUUAUAUCAUGUCAAAUCAGUAUUGUAACUUAUUAUUUGUCAAAUCUUUUUGAGAAAAAAAAUUGUUUAAUUCAAUAAAACUGGUUUGUAUCUUGAAAGGAACACACUCUGCAAUCAUUUGAACCCAAUUAUUUUUUUUUUUUAAUGUGACCAUAAUAAUUGUAAAACAAUUUAUGACCCAAAAUUGUUAUCUUUAAAUAUUUGGUAAUGCUUAGCUGCAAUAAUUUACAUUUAGUUCUUUGCUAUUAAAGUUUUAAUAAG